UGCAAUUUUACAUAAAAAUUAAGAUUCGUCUUACCUAAGUGAACUUCAUUGAUGCAAAAAAAAUACGAAGCCGUUAUUGCUGUGUGCGGAAGUAUAUAAUCGUAUUAACAGCUGGCUACAGAUAUGGUAGCACGGCAUGGAUUGAAAUAAUGCCGCUGCAAAAAGACCAUUAUAUCCUUCAUAUCCAUCCCGAUAUACUCUGUGCAUGACCUCGCCUCAAAGCUGCUGUAAGGAGUCAUGGAUCAAGAGCAGGUAACUCCAUUUUGUCGAGAAGUUUCGCGAAGUGAAAUCGAGAAAACGUUGUUUGGAACCUGCAGACACGUAAGUUCUGGUUUGUUCCCUGGUUGCUAUGACAACUGCAUGAUGUAUGAGGUGAUCGUUCUCAAGGAAGGAUACAGUGUCAAAGAUGGACCAGGCCACCAGAAGGCAUGUGGCAGCAUCACACUUCUGCGAGGAGCACACACCAUCCUCGUGGAUACAGGGAAUCCCUGGGACAAGGACCUUAUCAUUGAAGGCCUACAUGAGCACAGCCUGUUGCCGGAGCACAUUGAGUAUGUUGUGUGUACCAACGGCCACACGGACAAAGUAGGCAACUUGAACCUGUUCCCUGGGGCACUGCACAUCGUGUCGUACGACGUGUCUGUCAAGGACCGUUUUCUCCUCCAUCAGUUUGGAGAGGGCAUUCCCUAUGAAAUAGAUGAGCAUGUGGAGGUCGUCCCAACCCCCGGCCACACCGGCUCUGACGUGUCGGUGAUCGUGAAGAACACAGCUCUGGGAACUGUGGCUGUGACAGGAGAUCUGUUUGAAAGGUUCGAGGACCUGGACCAGCCGCACCUGUGGCAGGAGAACAGUGAGCAGCCGGAACAGCAGGAACAGAGCCGGAUUGCUGUGCUCCGCCAAGCUGACUACAUCGUGCCAGGCCACGGCCCCAUGUUCCAGGUGCCGCCCGACAGCAAGAAGCAGCUGAGAGUAGUGGUGUAUGAGGAACACAUGGGCAUGUUGAUGGGCGACCUUGCCGUGUCCCAGGACUACAGUGUGUGGGAGGAGGAGGAGGACUGAUCCCCUCAGCAUCAUCAUUUACGUCCACCAGUAAUUGUGAACAGAAUUUGUUGGUCAUUGUGAUGCAGGAUUUCACCGAUUAUGCCAUCUGAUUGUCCGCUAGUUUCCUACCUUGUAGAUGACAUGUACUUCAGGAAACUAAGGUACAGGUUAUGUUCAAGAGAUAACCUGGCUUGUAACAAGGAAUGAAAAUCAGACAUUACUCAAUUUAGUCUUCCAGCACCAUUGUUUGGUAUCUGUAUUUGGUCCAUAGUCCCUUUAUUUAAUACCUUCAUCCUUCAUUUGGUUCUUUAGCCCUGCAUUCAACCUUUUUCCUUCCUUUGAUACCUUGGUCCUGCAUUUGAUACCCUGAUCCUUUCUUUGUGAUACUUUGGUUCUGCAUUUGAUACCUUGAUCCUUUGUUUGUGAUACCUUGGUCCUGCAUUUGAUACCUUGAUCCUUUGUUUGUGAUACCUUGGUUCUGCAUUUGAUACCUUGGUCCUUCAUUUGGUCCUUUGACCUUCAUGGCGGUGGAGUAGCCUAGUGGUUAAAGUGUUCACCCAUCACGCCAAAGACCGGGUUCAAUUCCCCACAUGGGUACAAUGUGUGAAGCCCAUUUCUGGUGUCCCCUCCAUGAUAUUGCUGGAAUAUUGCUAAAAGUGGCAUGAAACUAGACUCACUCACCCACUCUCUCACUCAUUUUGACCUUCAUUUGAUUCCUUGACCCUUCAUUUGAUAACUUGGUCCUUUGUUUGACUGCGUCAACUCUACUAUGGAGUGGUUUUUAUUUCAUUAUCUAGAACCUGUUUGUAAGGAAACUGUGCCCUUGGAAAACUCUUUCAGAAACAUUUGUUCACACACACCCGCACGCACAUGUAAGCACUCACCACACACACUCUUCUCUCAUACACACAAAUGUACAUGCUCACACUGCUCCAAAAUGUGUAAAUAAGGAUAUUUCAACGGAUGAGGUACUAUAUGGCUGAUCCUGAGGUACAGUACAACUGAUACAGAAGUGCAAUGCUCUGAUGCUGUGGUGCUAUACAACUGAUUCUGAGGUACUAUAUGACUGAUCCUGUGUUCAUUCAAAGUAGAUAAUAGCGUCAGUACAAACCCUGAAAGACAUCAAGGAGCCAGUGAACAUUGUGUCAAACCACAACGGCAAUAUCCUAACCAAUAUGUAUUAUAGAAACUGGGUUAUUAGGGAAUGGCACAUUGACAGAUUUGGCCUGCUCGAUCAUCAUUAUUUUGUUUAUUCUGUAUCAGAUUCUCUUAGGGUUGAUGAAUAGAUUGUAUUUUCUGUGCAAAUGACAUCAUAGCAGUACAGUAUUUUGAACACUUGUCAAAAAUAUCAUCUGGCACAUGCCAUACGGACACACAUUUCAGUGGUGUUAUUUUUAGACAUAAAAAAGUUGCACUUGUACCUGACAUGCAUGGUGGAUCAUUCUUAGCUCACGUAUUGUACAUCACUGAUCAGAAUGCUAUUCAAAGGACAACGAUGAAUGGUUUUGAUGUAUGGCAGUUCUAUCUGUCUGGUAAGCUCAGCUAAAGCCUUUGAUUAUAUUUAUGAUGUACAUUAGUUAAUAUACAUUGUUUGUUUUGUUAAAGAAAUUAUUGUUGUAAGUUUAUUUGUAUUAUGCUUGUGUUAAUAUUUUGGUUACAUGGUUUGGCUUUAAACUGUUCAGCACUAACUCCAUGCGGGUGAACUCGAAUCAUGGACCCUUGAAAUGGCAGUGAAUAUCAUCAUGGAUACUGGUACAGUCAAACCCUGUUAUGUCAGAUCUUGAUGUUUUAUACCUACUCAAGUAACAAUUGUCUCAAAGUGAAAACUUGGCCCCUUCAGCUUGUUCGUAGUCACUAUUUCAUAUAUCUGUGUUAAACCGCGGAUAAGUCAAAGUAAUUACGUAGAUCUCUUCAAGUUCGACAAAGUGAUGUUUGACUGUGGUUGUCAUACUCUACCACUAGUAGGCUGCAAUGACUGCCUAAACCUGAUUCUAUUUGUUGAGUCAGUUACACGAUCUAUGUAAAGGUGCUAAUUGAUUUUGUGCGCCUCACUACACCUUUUUCAAGGGGAACAUUCGUUUUGGGGAGAUGCCACUGACGUGUUGACACCUUAUGAUCUACAAAAAAUGUGUGACCUUGGUCUUUGUCAGCUGAUAUCAUUUUUCAGUUAACCUAUUCAGACUGUCGUGCUUUUGAAAAUUUGGGAAUUAUGUUUAGGUAAUUCUCAUCGGUUCUACAUUUCAUGUAUUAUAUGACGACUGGGCACCACGGACCACAGUUUGGUCUUCAUAACACUGUUGUAGGGUUAGAUGACUACAUAUCUUAGUGAAGAAAGACAGGCCUAAGUGCAUAUCAUGGACGUCUGUAGCCACAAAUAAGGAAGGUUGGUCGUUGUUGGAAACUGCACAGAUCAGUGGUUCCAACUUUCAGACUGAUUUUAAUUUUACAUAGCUUAUAAACCGCCUACAAUCUCUGUUCUUGACGGGCGGUGGGGUAGCGUAGUGGUUAAAGCGUGCGACCGAGGAAACAAACGUAUUAAUACCUGAUUUAUGUUAAUAGCAGUGGGUAAAAUUGUUUAUAACAAUUUGUUCAGUGUUGUGAUACACAUGAAAUACAACGGAAGCCGUGUCUGUCUGAGACAGGAAACACAAAUUAAUGCAGGCCAGUGUUAUCUUAUUCAAAAGAGGCGGUGGGGUAGCCUAGUGGGUAAAGCGUUCGCUCCUCAUGCUGAAGACCCGGGUUCGAUUCCCCACAUGGGUUCAAUGUGUGAAGCCCAUUUCUGGUGUUCCCCGCCAUGAAAUUGUUGUGAAAUUGCUGGAAUAAUGGUAAAAGCGAUGUAAAACCAAACUCACUCACUCUGUUUUUGACAGCCGCCAUCAACCACGUCACGUCACAAGAUAAGUUCAUUAGCCUUUUACGAAAAUCAUAAGUUGGUAUGGACCAAAUGGUUCUGGGGAUAAUCACUGGCUUCCAAAUACUAUCACCCCAGGUGAUGGGGCUUGGUUGACAUGAUCUUACUCCUAGUCUUCAGGGUGUGCCCUGUCAGAAGAGAUGACAACCUACUCUUUCACCUCAAAUCAGGCUCAUGAAACCAAUGUGAUAACGCAACAUGUUGGACAACCAAGUGGAGGCUGUUGGAUGAUGAUUUGAAGAUUUACAGGCUGCUGUCAAGUGUGUUGCUUGUACAACAGACUGUAUUGAUUAUAGUAAUGAUUAUAUUUUUGUCUUCUGAACCAUGAAGAGAGAACAAUCAAAAUAUAUGCAUUUAACCUGAAGAAUCAGUUGAUGUGGGCUUCUGUAUGCCAAGAGCGUUUAGGUUAGCCAAGUGGUAAAAUCAUUUGUUCGUUAACCCGGAAUUAUACUACCCAUCACAAGUUUAGACACCCUUGUGUAAAUGUAGCCGUUUACUUCAGUCAACUGUUCUAAACUAGAUUUUGUAAAAUAUUCCAUACUGU